AUGCCAACUGAAAAUGAACUCAUAUCCAAGGUUUUACUCACAAUCGAUAAAUACAAAGGGAGCUUGCCAACUUUCAAGAAAGCCAUCAUUGAUGGAGACUAUACGACGCUACAACAACCAAAAUUAUUUCUGAGACUACUCUUGUGGAAAGUGUGUUUGAUAGUUGACUCAUUUACAAUCUCAACAUGGGCCACAAAACUUAAAGAGACUAGAAUGGUUUACCAGCAACUUACUUUGAGAGAAGAUAUGGUAAUUCCGUGGGUGGAACUUGACCAAGAUAACGCCUAUUACCUACCGCCACACGUAACUCGUAAAACCGGCUUGAAACGCAACUUCUCUUUGAAGGGCCUGCGUCUGAUCAAAAGAAGUGCAUUGUUUGAAAGAGCUACUGAUGACCCCCUACUGUCAACUACACAACCUGCAACAAAAGGGACCGAGAUCAGUGACCACACAGCGGACUUGGAAUUAUUGAAUAUCAUAAUACUCGACGUGGAGAGACUAUUCCCAGGUGAGGUCUUUUAUCACGGCGACUCUAAUGCAAUACCCAUCAAAAGACAAUUGAUAGAGGUUCUUUACGUUUGGUGUAAAUGUCACCCUCGAGUUGGCUACAAACAAGGAUUCCAUGAAAUAUUGGGCUUAAUUCACAUGAACUUGUACAAAGAAUCCAUAACGUUGGAUCAAGAUCAGUUAAACUCAGCACGCUACUCCCCUGAUGAAAUGGUGAUAUUGAGCUUAUAUAAUAUGCGUUUUCUAGGUCACGAUCUUUUCAAUAUUUUCAACAAAUUUGUCUUUACAAGUGGCAUUGCGACAACAUUGUACGAAUCAGAAAUUGAACUAACAAAACUGAUUGAUUUAUUCAAUGCCUAUCUCAUGAAGGUUGAUCAAUUUAUUCACUACACAUUGACGACUAAACUCGAGCUAGAUUCUCAGUUGUGGAUUAUUCGUUAUCUCAGAUUGCUCUUGAUUCGGGAACUAGGGAAUGACUUGGAAACAACGAGCUUACUAUGGGAUAAGUUGAUUGCGACCCAAACUCAGGGUAAUCAAACAACAGGAACGACAUAUUUUCUUGAGGUACUCAUAUUCUUGGUAAUCCAGCUUUUAAUUCAGCAAAAGACAGAGCUAGUUACUUCAGAUUUUAGUGAAUGUUUAUCUUUACUUCUUCACUAUCCCAUACCGCAAUUUACUUUACCUUCAAAUAGGGAUUUGUACAUUCAUGUCUUGUAUCGAGAUGCAAUGAAGCUUUAUGAGAGAAGAAAUGACGAUUUGAAAUUAUUUGAAUACGGAAACAAAUUGAAUAAAAAGUACAAUCCUGGGCUCAAAAUUUCCUUGGGUUACAGAAACAGUAGCGAAUUUAGUGAUAGUAAUAGCGCAAGAUCUAGCGUGGAUUCGUCAAUAUCCACCAAUGGAUAUAAUUUGAAUUCGGUUGACGCUCCGACCAAUGAUAGAGCCGAUAAGAUGCGAUUUGAGAAAAUGAGGUUGGAAAUGAGAUUGAAGAAAAAAGCAAGGCAAAUGAUUCACGAAUGA